AUAAUUUGUUAUGGAAGAAGCUGUCGUUAAGACAGAUAGUUCAUCAUAUUUUGAUCUUCAAUCGUUACUCAAAAAUCCUGUUCGUUUUGGUCCAUGUUUUAUAGAACCGCUUGGACACUGGGAUACUUUGUAUACUCCUGUUAAUAUUGUUGAAUCUAUCAAUAAUACGGCAACUGAUACUCAGGUUGUUCAUUCUUUUGAAUCACCACAAUCUAGUGAUAGUGAAUCUCCUAUAGCUCGUCCCUCUAUUGUAUUAUUUUCAUCAGAUCAAUUGUUACACAGUUGGACCUGUAUUAGACCACCUGCUCCGGGAUUAAUUAAUGUCGGCAAUACGUGCUAUCUUAAUUCAGUGCUUCAGAUACUGUCUCAUGUCCCUCCAUUUGUUCAAUAUUUGCUUGCUGGUCAUCAUUCAUCACAAUGUCAAAUGAGCGCUUGUAUUUUUUGCAAAAUGGAGAAGCAUGUAGCUCAAUGUUAUCCUUCUGAUGGAAGCCGUCCUGUUCGUGCCUUUAAACCGCUUCAUAUUGUUGGUGCAUUAAAAUGGAUAUCUAAACGAUUUCAACCAUAUCGACAAGAAGAUGCUCAUGAAUUUCUUCGAUGCUUGCUUGGAGAAAUGCAACGCUCAUGUAUUUAUCCAUAUAAGGAUUUAGAUUUCGCUAGUCAAGAAACAACUGUAAUAUAUAAAAUAUUUGGUGGUUAUUUGAGACAACAAGUUAAAUGUCUCAAAUGUAAUGACAUAUCAAAUACUUAUCCCGUCUAUUUGGAUCUUUCAUUGGAUUUAAUGGGCACUUCUAUCGAAGAAGCAUUGGAUAUGUAUGUUCGUGAAGAAAUGCUAACUCAAUCCAAUCGAUAUAAAUGUGAAAAAUGCAAGAUUUUGGUUGAUUUUCAAAAAAAGUCUUCCAUUUAUAUACUUCCUCCCAUUUUAACCUUACAUCUUAAGCGAUUUUCUUUCAAUAAAGCUUUUAAAAUGUCGAAAAUUACUCGGCAUAUUCGUUAUGGCGAAACGCUUGAAUUAACUUCAUAUAUGUCUCAAAAAAAGCAAAACCCUAUCAUUUACGAUCUUAUCGGUAUUAUCGUUCAUUCAGGAAAUGAUACACGAUGUGGUCAUUAUUAUUCUUUUUGUAAAACUAGUAAUGGUACUUGGUUACAUUUUAAUGAUGAUAUGGUAUCCACGGUUAGUCUUCAAACCGUUCUUAAGCAACAAGCAUAUAUUUUAUUAUAUUCUCGUUCUAACUCUUCCAAAUAUACUGAUUUUAACAAUUUUUCAAAAAUGCUUUUUUCUUUUAAUUCUCUCGAUAAAAUUCAAUUUCAUAAACAAAAUCAUAACUCUGACUCUAAUCAAGAAACUUUUAAAAGACUUAAAUAUGAUAAUAAUCUUUCAUCAACAAUUGAGGAUACUGGUGUAUUAAUAUGACUUUUUUUAUUCACUUUUUUAUUCACUUUUUCAUUCACUUUUUCAUUCACUUAAUAAAAUUCUUA